AUGGCCAAGCCCUCCGUCUCUUUCCAUUCCUCUCCUCCCUGGUUGACCGGACACUGCAAGUACUCCAUCCACUACUCUUCCAACCAUGCAUAUGACCACAUCCUUUGGAACUGGAACCAAUCAACCAACCACCAGUAGUGGAUCAGUCCAGCACUCCAGUCGCAGCUCACACCAGCAAGCCACCAACUUCCCUGCUGCCACUCACCUCCCUCUCCAACCUUCUAGCCUUCGUCUACUAUAAGACGAGCCACUCGCUCUGCCCUCUCUCCAUCGGCAAGUAGCAUAAAGGAAGCUCUUCGAUCCCCCUUCCUAAUAACCACACCUUUGCGGCCCGCUAGACCACUACGAUCGACACAUCGUGUGCUUAGGAAUGGCGGCCAUGGUGGGGGUGGCUCUCGACGCGCCGGCGACGCCGUGGACGCUGCCGGAGGAGGGUGCGGUCUCGGCGCGGGAGGGGGCCGCCGACGGGUGGGCCAGGCGGAAGCGCUCGCGCUCCAGGCGCCACCUCCGCCGCGUGGGCGCGGCGCCCACCGAGGAGGAGCACCUCGCGCUCUGCCUCCUCAUGCUGGCGCGCGGCCAGCGCGACGCCCGCGCUCCCGCUCCGCAGCAGGAGCACAGGUGCUCCGUCUGCGGCAAGGCGUUCCCGUCCCACCAGGCCCUCGGCGGCCACAAGUCCAGCCACCGCGCCAGGCCGCCGGCGGCAGCCCCGACCCCGGCCGCCGAGGAGCCGGCCGCGGCGGCGCCCUCGGCCUCGCCCGCCGCGUCCUCGUCCACGUCCGGCGCGGCUGGCAGCAGCGGCAGCGGCGGCAGGGUGCACGAGUGCUCCGUGUGCAGGAAGACGUUCCCGACGGGGCAGGCGCUGGGCGGCCACAAGCGCUGCCACUACGCGGGCGCCGCCGGUGCCACCACCACCAACGUCGCGUCCACCAGCGCAGGCUUGAUGAGCUGCCGCGGGUUCGACCUCAACGUACCCGCCCUGCCGGACAUCAUCGCCACCGGCGAUCGGUGCGUGCCGGCGGCCGAGGAAGAGGAGGAGGUGCUCAGCCCCUUGGCCUUCAAGAAGCCGAGGCUAAUGAUCCCGGCAUAGGUAGUUGGUUACUGCAAGUCGCGAUCUCCUCCUCGAUUGGCUCUGCUGUGUUGGGUUGGGACGUUUGGGUGAGCAGCAGCUGUACUCUUGCACGGGUCAGUUGUAGGUCUCUGAUUGCUGUAAACUUAUGUAUUUAAAUUCUAAUUCCGUAGAAUGAUUCUUUUCAUUGAUUGCUGUAAGCCCGUAAGCUUAUGUGUAUGUGGAAAAGAAUUAGAUGGGGCAUGUGAUACUAUCUUUUACUGAAUCGUUUAGUUAGUGUUUCAUAUUGAAGAACUGAAGAAGACAAAUUGGCUUGCAUAUUGCUCGCCAUUUCAA